AUGCAAGAGAGUCCAAGUAUGAUUUCAUUUCCAACGUUUAUGCGUAAAGCAGAACAAUCACCAAGAACUUUAGAUUCUGCUUUUCCACCAUUUAAUCCACAACAUAAAUAUAAAGGAGUUUAUGAAAGAGCUGGAUUUGAUGUAAAUAAAAAUUUUGGGAAUAAUAAUAAUAAUGGAUCAAAACAAUCUCCAAAUGAUAGUACAUAUGAUAAUCAUAAUCUGAAUAAUUAUUCAAAUAAACCAUUGCAUAGAUCAAAUGAUAAUAUUACUCAGUUUGAAAAUCAAAACCAUAAUAACAACAAUUAUACAACUGCAAACAAUAAAAAGCUAUCAGUUAAUAACAACCAAAAUAAUUUUGAUAAUACUUCUCCAAACUCUGAAUAUCAAAAUAAUACAACAACUUCAUCAUCAUCUGCAUCAAGUAAAUCAAAUUCAAUGGGUUCAUAUGGUAAAAGUAAUAGUUCAACUACUACAUUUAGAAAUACUGGUGAAUUUCAACAAUCUAAUGCAACAAAUACUUCAAAUACUUCUUCAUCAACUAAUUUAUAUCUGGAUCAAAGAACUUAUCAACAACAACACGAAUUUAAUGAAAUAAAUUUGAAUUCUUUAAAUGAAGUAAGUCCAGCAAAAUCUCAAAAAAAUAUCAAGAAUUUAACUUUAGAUUUACAACAAGAAGAUCAAUUAAGUGAUUUACAACAAAUGAAUAAAGCUCAAAAAAUUCAAUCUAAUUCUCAUUCUUUACAUUCCUAUACUUCAGAUAUAUCAAAUAAAUCAUAUCAUUCGAAUAAAUCUGUAAAUUCUAUACCUAGAAAUGGGGAAUCUGAAUUUAAAAAGUUACAUUCCAAUCCAUCAAAUCAUUCUUUUCAUUCAAGUCAUUCUAACCACUCGAACCAUUCGCAUAAUUCAAGAAACAGCCAACCAGUACAAUCUCAAGAUAUCUAUGCACAACAAGGUUAUCAAUUACCAACUCCACCAUCAUCAAAUAAAUCGUCAUCACAAAUAUCUCCAAAUUUUCAACAAGCUCCACCACCUCAACAAAAUCAACAACAAUUUGAUCCAAGAAAAUUAAGAAAAAGACCACCAAUGAUGAAUGGUCAACCUCAACAACAACCUUUUUUACCACAACAAAAUGGUUCAAUGAUGAAUAGAAAUAUAACUCCACAACAUAAUCAACAAGUACCGUAUCCAAUGAGUCCAAAUUAUUCUCCUACUUUGCAACAACAAUCUCAGUUUCAAAUGAGACCUCAUCAAAAACAACAUCAACAACAACAACCAUAUCAUAAUCAACAUCACCAACAACAACAUUAUCAACAGCAAUGUCCGCCUUUCCAACCAUCACGAAGAGGUCAAAAUCAAAACCAAAUACCACCACAAAACUUCCCACCAAAUGGUUUCAACAAUCAACCACCAAUGCAUUCACCAGGUUAUCCACCACGUCUGCAAAACAGACCAUCACCACCAAUGCCAACAAUGCAUCCACAACAAUUCCACCAACAACCACCACAACAAUUCCACCAACAACCACCACAACAAUUCCACCAACAACCACCACGACAACAACAGCAAAGAUAUCAACCACCAGGUAUUACACGUCAACCUACAUAUUCAGAAAUUAGAGAAGAUAAAUUAUCACCAGCAUUAGAUGAAUUCAAACAUGAUUUAGAACAUCGUCAACAUACCAUCAAAAGUAAUAUUGAACCACCUAGUUUACCUAAUCAAUCACCUUCUGAAAUUGGAUUAUCUAAAUUUCAAAAUUUUAAAAAUCCAGAGCAUUCAACUAAUGAAACACAACAAAAUGAUUAUAAUCAAUUUUUAUCAACUGGUACCACUGAUAAGAGAAUUAGUCAAACUUCAAUGGUCAGUUCCAUUCUUUCAAAAGAAUCAUUCAAUGAGGAAGAUAAAAGAAUAGAACAAGAAUUAGAAAAGCAACUCAAAACAAUAAAAAACGAAGGUGGGAACUUUGAUCAAAUUCAAGAGUCCUCAAUUGCAUCAAAUUCAUCAAAUACAUCCCCUACAAAGACAAUAAAUUCAUUACAGUCAUUAAAUUCAAUUCGUUUGAAAAACGCACCAGUUCCACAAUUCCAAAUUUCAAACGUUGAUGAACCAAGAAGAGAUAGUUCAGAUUCUCAAAAUACUAAAGAUAGUAACCUCGAUGAAAUGUCUAUUGCUUCAAUUGAAUCAAUCCAACCAUUAUCUGUAUCACAAUCAAUAGUGUCACCUACUAAAAGAAACGUUCAUCACAACAAUGACGAAAUCAUAACAAAAAGAAAAGAUUCUGCUGAAUUUACAAAAAUCAUUACUGAAAUUAAUGAUUUAGAAAAACAAAUCACAGAUGAUGAACCAGACCAAAGUUUUGAUACAAUAGUAGUCACCGAUCAUCCAAAAGAAUUUAGCACUCAAGUAUACCAACCAGGUACAGGUCCAUGUAGAUCUUGUCAUCAACAAAUAGAUCCCAUGGGAAAAGGUUCACAAAAACCAAUCUUUUCAAAAACUGGUGAAUUAUCAGGUCAAUGGCAUAGAUCAUGUUUCCAUUGCUCUUACUCCAACUGUUCCAUAAAUUUCAACAAAAAAGUCCAAUGUUACGUUUACGAAAAUAACCCAUAUUGUUUCCAACAUUAUCAUCUCGUGAAUUCAUCAACUUGUUCUAAAUGUGGUAUUGGAAUCGAAGGAUCAUGUAUUGAAAACGACUUACAACAAAAAUGGCAUAUUCAUUGUUUAAAAUGUUCUGUAUGCUCUGUUGGUAUUCUGAAUGAUUAUUAUGUUGUUAAUGAUUCUAUUGUUUGUGAAUCUGAUGCUAAAUUAUACAUGAGUCAAAGAAGGGGUGGUGAUUUGAGUACUGCUGAUAGAAUUGAGAAAAGAAGAACUAGGAUUUUCCAUGCUUAG